GAGUGCGGGAGUUUACAAGCAGCACUUGAAUGCAUCAUCUUUUUUUCUUUUCCUCUCUUGCGUGUCUCGAAACAAAAACAAGCGGAGACAGCUCGGUCACAUGUAGAGCGAGCGGUGGCAGCUGGAGAAGAAGAAGAAGAGGAAGAAGCAGGAAGCGGCAGUCAGUCUCAGCGCUGCCGGUGUCCAGCAGUGACCCCCUUUCCUCCCUCCAGGUUCUCUGGGUCCACAUAUGGUUCUCCUCCGGCACAUCUCCAUCGCCCUGACCGCCGCCGUGGCUGCCCUGGGCUCCGCUCUUUUCAUCGCCUUGAACUUCUUCUACAAGAGGCGAAUAUGGUCACCACAAGCAGAGUACUGCACGAUCAAAGAGGAGGAAGAGGAGCGUGGGAAACGUCAGGUCCUGGUCCUCGGUCUGGACGGAGCUGGGAAGAGCAGCAUGUUGCAGGGUUUGACCCCCGGAGAGUCAGCAGCUAAGAUAGGCCGCUGCCGGCCUACCCGCGGCUUUAACUUCAUGAGCCUCAAUGCCCCCGCCUGUCAGCUCGACUUCCUAGAGAUCGGUGGAGGGGAGGACUUGCGGCGGUACUGGUCCGACUACCUGAGGAGGACUCACGUUCUGGUGUAUGUGGUGGACUCGUCUGACAGGAGCCGCUUGCCACUGGCUAAGGCUGAGCUGCACCGCCUGCUGAGGGUGGAGCCCCAGCUGCCUGUCGUCGUCCUGGGAAACAAACAGGAUAAGCCCAACGCUGUGAGUGUGUCGGAGCUGCAUGAGGCCUUGUCUCUGGGCUCCGUGACUGAGGACAGGAAACUGUUCCUCUUGGCUGCCCAGCUGGGAUCUGAUGGAGCGCUGAAGAGCUCCCGCCGGGACCUGGACACCUUCCAGGACCUCCUGCUCCAGCUCGUCUGAUCUCACCUCCCCCCGCACAGCAGACGAGUAGGAGAAAGGGAUGGCUUAAAGCAGUCUUCCUCCCCCUCUUCCUUGUUUAAGCUCUGGCUUAUUUGAGACAGAAGAAGAGGGGAUGACGAAGACUGCAGGAUCUGAAGAAGAGAAAUAACUGAAUGAGACUGAGACGAUGCCAAGCCAAGAUGGAGCACGAAGCCUUGCGGUACCUCCUCGUCUUCCUCCUCCUCCUCCCUUCUCAAACUACGUCAGUUCAGCUGAUUUUAGAAAAACUGGCUCAUCUCAUGUUACACUUUUCCUCGUCUUACUCACUGGAGGAGGAGGAGGUGCAGAGCGAGGAGGAUGAGGACAGAAGGUGGGACAGAAGGAUGAAGGUUUGUUCAUCACAGACUCAGAUGAGUCCACAGUGUGUGUCCCUCCUGUCAGUGAUUCAGACGUUGGACUACUCUUAAUGUCAACCUGUGACUGGUUUAUUUCAGCAUGUACAUUACACUGUAUAUAAACGUGAAUGUUUGUAGGUGCGUACAGAUGUCAUCUUGCUUGCUGUUUACCUAAAAUCUUUUGUGUUUGUUGAGAAGUCAGCAGAGCAGAACGGGUAAAAUUCAGGGUUGCCAGGUUGGAGCCGCCCCGGGGGACUAAAACUGCACCAGCUCGAUGAAUUCAUCGACUCAGUUCGGAAAAUACUUGCUGACUCCUUCACAGAGGCUUUCCUGAGAUCUUGGAGAAAUUUGUAAGGGAAUUUAAAGGGAUCCCCUGACAUUUUGAAAAUCAGUGUGUUGUUUUCUUGUCACGACUCUGUUAAAGUUUUGAGACAUGACUUUGACUUUCUUCAAGACAGCUUGAGAGCCUCUUCAUUUGAAACCGAUUCCUCUUUCUCGAUGUGCUUAGUCCUGACAACGUUGUGCAGACUACAGCCAACCACACAUCACUCCACAUUGUCAUUUCCCAGUAUCAGCCAAACAUCAAUCAUUAAACCUGGAGUUUCAGAUGACAUUGACACUUUAAACAGAACUACGCACACGCACGGUCAUACAAGGUCACAAUGUUCAUUAACAAGUAACCUCCCAUCAGGGAAAGCAAGAGGACAGAGUAUCUUAUUUAAUAGGAUCGGAUUUCAGUUCUACUCAUCAGCCUCUGUUUAUUAAAGGAUUUGUGAUCAAUGCUCCCAGCCCUUUUAGGCCCACACACUCCCAGUCUUCUCUGAUCUGUAGUCAGGUCGCUGUGUAGAAGAUACUUAGACAAAGACUGCUAUCCAGUAAAACACACGUUCUUGAAUGUAUAAGUAGAGAUGUGAAGCUUCUUGUACAGAUCAACCAGAAUUAGCUAGAUUCAGAUAUUUGAUGCUGAAUGUGUGCAGCAGUGUUUGCUCGUGACGCACAAUUUUUUAAUGAAUGUGACAUUUUAUUCCUUUCGAUGUGCAGUGACUGCAGAAAUGUUUUCACAGUUUAGUGGAUUGCUGUAUGUACGCUGGUUUUAUAACUAAUGACUGCUUGUCAUUGUUGUCUUCAUGUGUUAUCUAAAUGCAACUGUUAGAUAUGAAUUCACGCAUGUCUUUAUGUUUUGUUCUCUUUUAAGAUGUAAUUUAUGUGUCAGCUGCAGUUUCUUAACCAACAAGUGCCCAUUGAGUUAUUUAGUCUCAGUGGGAACACCAUCAAUUUUACAUAUCAAUGUAGCUGUCACUGUAGGAAUAGCUAACAGUGUUGAUGUGCUGUUAAUGUUCCCUAUCAUAUCCCUUUUAGAGGCUUUGAGGUCCUUGAACUGCAGUGUCUUUUGGUAGACUUUGUAAAAUAAAUCCAUAAUGAUAAAUCCA